AGUUUCAUUUUGCUUAAAAUGCGUGUGAGAUGGAACACUUACGGUAUAAAUCUCCUUCGGGAAACCGACAUCAAGCGCAAAAUCGAAUUAACCCAAAUAAAGCGACAGAUCGAAAUGCUUUCGACUUUCAUGCCCGACGAAAUCCUCAACAUGCCCUUGACGGAACUGGAUGAAAUUCACAACUUUGUGGGAGUACUCCUCUUUGCAGACGUUUCCGGCUUUACUCCCUUGUGUGAAAAGUACUACAAGACAGGAAAAGGAGGCAUUUAUCGACUUACAGCAACUCUGAACGCUUACAUCGGAGCUUUAGUAGAAGUAAUUACUUUCUAUGGAGGCGAUAUUUUGAAAUUUUCGGGCGAUGCGUUUCUCGCAUUGUGGAAGGCUCCACCCGAUUUGAGGCUUUUCGAAGUUAUUCACCAAGUGAUAGUGUGUGCCUUAUUCAUUCAAAAUACACUUGGAUGCUUUGAAACCGAAGUUAAUGUUUUGUUGAAGGUCAAACUGGCCAUAGCUUGUGGAAACUUGACUUUUUCAGUAAUCGGUAAUGAGUCGUACAGACAUUACAUUAUAACUGGUCAAGCAAUAAAUGAUGUAAAGUGUGCAGAACGUGAAAGUGUUUCUGGUGAUGUUGUUGUGGCACCAAGUGCUUGGGGACACCUCGCCGAAGACAACUAUGAGGUCACUUAUGCUCCAGAUGGCAAUGUUAAGAUUUGGAAUUGUGUAUACUUUCCCAAUCAAGCGUCCUUGAAGCAACACUAUGCCAACAAGAGUCCAAUAGCGCAUGCAUUGUGUGUCAAACAUUUGGAGCACAGAAGCCAACUACACGAAAAAAGACGAAUCGACGAUGCUACAACUGAUAGUAAAAUUACCGAAAGUUUUAUCGCCAGUUUGCCGCAAAGACCAAGCGUUAAAGCUGCUCCAAUGAACUGGAUUCCGAAUGAUUUGAAUCCGUUUAUUGUUCGACCUGUACAAAGCCAAGUCGAGGAAAAACAACCAAUUGAGUAUCUCACCGAAAUGCGACAAGUCACUAUUCAAUUUAUCAAUAUCGUUCCUACCACGUUCCAAGACAGUAAACUGGUUCCAAUGGUCAACACGGCCUAUCAAAUUGUGUGUAAAAUUGUAUCGAAAGUCCGAGGAGUUGUUAACAAAGUGUCCCUCUUUGAUAAAGACUGCAUGAUUUUAGUUUUGUUUGGCUUAAGAGGCAUCGAACACGAAGUUGAAAGUCAAAACGCACUCAAAUCGGCUUUUGCCAUCCGGAAAGCCAUCAAAAAGCUUUCUAGUGUUAAAUCGAUUUCAAUCGGAGUAACUAAUGGUUUUGUCUAUUGCGGGGUGGUAGGUCACCCUUUCCGGCGCGAAUACACUGUCAUAGGAGGCGCUGUUAACAAAGCAGCUCGAAUAAUGUGUGCUUACGAAGGCAAAGUCACUUGUGACCACGAGACCUACAAGAGUUGCAAACUCUCAUCACUCUAUUUUCAAGUUCAGUCAGCUCUUAAAUUAAAAGGUAUAGCAGAUGCUGGUUAUAUUUUCGAAUAUAAUGAAGAUUUCGACAAGAUGGCCUACGAAGAUAAACAAUCGAUGCCUUUAAUUGGACGCAACAUGGAAAUAGGAGUUGCGGAUGUUAUUUUACAACAUCCAGAGUUAGCCGGAUGGACAAGUAUUUGUUUUAAGGGAGAAUCGAAAGUUGGUAAAACUAAAAUCUUGCAAGAGAUUAAUAAGAGAUAUUCGACUUCAAACCGAUAUACCUGUUCCAUGGUUUUGAAUGAAGGUCUCCAAAGACCUUUCUACACUGCUUCAACAAUUUACCAUCAAUUAUACGAUAUUAUGACAAAACAUAAUCCUACAGUUCUGGAACAGUUGCCUCGUUAUUUGUGGGAUUUAAAUGAAAUACUCCAAGUUAGUAGAUCCGUUACUUCUAUUGAGAUGCUGAGUAGUCCAAGUAAAGAUUUAAUCAACGAACACUUUAAUAGAAUGUGCAAAGGGAUACGACCAAUUUUAGUCUUUAUUGACAAUAUUCAAUUUAUUGAUAAGCGAAGUCUAGACUUGAUUGAACAAGUCCUUCAAAAAAAACUAAUCAGUCUUGUAUGUGCUGGUUGUUUCGAAGACAACUCAACUUGGAACACCAUGUGGAAACUGUCCCGAUGCAACCGAAUUAAAGUUUUUAACAUUGAGCCAUUACCAUCAACCGAAAUUGCUCUCUUGAUGUGUAGUUUUCUUAAUGUGAAAGGAGUAUCAAAGAAAUUAAUUGUACUAAUAAAUAAAACUUGCGAAGGCCGGCCUGGUUAUGUCCAAGCUUGUUUACUCAAAAUGAUCAACAAUGGCGAAUUGGAAGUUAAGUAUGCCUUAACCAGUGAAACUGAGUACGCGUUUUUGGAAGAUGUCGAUAAGAAACAUUUAGUCCUAGUAGCUGGAUUUUCUAAGAAGUACCUCGAGCAUGGCGAAGAAACAUCAACUGCAGUCACGCUUGAUUUGUUUGAUUCAUUUUCGCCUUAUCAGCAGUUGAUUAUUAAGACUGCAGCUGUAUUAGGUGAUAUUUUUACUCGAACAACAUUAAUUGUUCUUUUAAAAUACCCGAAUGAGAGUAUGUUGGCUGCGGCUAUUAAAACUUUGUUUGAAGAAGAAAUUUUUGAUUGUGCUUCACGUUAUGUAAAUUCGGGUGGUUUGCAAGAGAAGAAAAACGUUUGUGUGUGUUACAUGGAAGAGGAGGAAUACGAUCUGGAGCUAGAAUUGCCAAGGUACGCGUUUUGCAAAGUUUUGCACUUCAAGAGUCGCAAUAUCAAGACUUUGGCCUAUGAAUUGUUGCCACUCAACCAAAAGAAGGAACUCCAUUUAAGAAUUACAGAUUUGUUAGAAAAUCAAAACAAUUCUUGUCCCAAAUGUCUCCGCGAUAAUUCAGCGUCGAUAAUUUCAGUCCGACGUUUCAAAGACUUGAUCAAGUAUUGUCAUGAUCAAAAAUACAUCUGGUUAGAGAAAUACAACGAAAACUAUGUUUCGGUCGAGGAUUACAAAGCAAUUAUUAGAGAAUAUGUACAUAAUCCACCUGUUUAUGCUCCAAAUUCUAAAAAACGUCAGUGGACAAGUGCUGAUGUUCCUAAGCGUCGAGUUUGGGAUCCAACUACGUGUUUCUGUUUAGAAAUCUUGACAAAAGUUUACCGCGAUUUGAUCCAUCACAGUCACUGUGCUCAACAUUUGGGUAAAAAAAUAUUCUUUAUGCUCGAGUAUGGAGUGAUUUUAUCAAUCAUGUCUGAGUAUGAGGAAGCACUUACAAUAUUACAUGAAGCAAGCGAGCUUUGUAUGGUACAGACAAAUAAAGCCUAUGUUUUCACAGGAAAUUUCAAACAAGUCAUGAUGGGAAAAAUCCAUUAUUUGAUGGGACAUAUUUAUUUAAAAUUGGGAAACACAACAGCGGCCAAAAACCAUGCUUUGCUUAGUUUGCGUCAAUACAACGUUCCUUUAAUUUCAUUCAAGUAUACUUUGCCUUAUAUUUUGUUGAAUAAGGCGUGGUUUCUUCGAUUUGGUCGUGUUUUUAAUAGUAUUACUAAGCAGGAUAAUCCAUUGAUAAAACUAGACUUUGGAUUGUGUAUGGGUUUGAUUGGAAGUAUUUACGCUGCUGAGGGUUGCUGGCAAUUCGCAAAACAAGCCGCUGCGAGAAGUGUUUUGUGUCUCAGGCGUACCAAUUCAAACAUUGAUGUCUUAUGUGAUGUUUACACCAGUGCCGUUUAUUUAUACAGUUUUUGUGGCGAUAUGCACAUCUGUGAGAAGCUUGAACGCUGUUUCAACAAGGAAGUACUAAAGUACUACUCUAAUAACAUAACGCACGAGCUUCGUGCAAUUGCAACAGUGAUAGGAGUAUUGUUUUUGGUCAAGGUUUUAAGUGGUUCUAUCAUUGAAUCUCUUCAAUUGGGGUACCGUACUGUGCAUUUGCAAUUAUCACUUGAAGCUCAUUAUUCUUUAGUGGAAGUGGUACCUACUCUAGCUACAGUUUUGAUUUGUUUAGAGAGAGUAGCUGAGGCUGUUUACAUGGCGCGAAUUUUACUCAAUUUCGGUCAAAAGUACCACACUCACAGUUCUAUUGGUUAUUACGCAUUUUGUGUCGAGUUACUUCUUGAAACAAAUUUUUGUCUCGAACCCAUCGAGAAAAUUGAGCAGAUUGCCCAGCAUUUAAUUGAUCAAAAAAAAUACCAUUCCGAUUUUGGCAACAAGCUUAUUAUUAAUAUUUAUUGUUACUACUUGAGGUACAAGCCAGGACUAGCACCAGCUUGGAAAAAACUUUACAAUUUAAGUGAUUUCGAUAAUUUCAAAAUUAUGAGUAUUUUGAAUACAAUGAGAUAUACUGAAUGUCUUUUACUAGAAAUGGUUCGAUCUUUACAACGCAAAAGACCAAUCCCUCAAGAAGAAAUCGAUGAAGCUAAUGUUUUCUUGAAUAGAAUGAAGAAAGCGGCAAAAAAAUGGCCUUUUUUCAAGCCAAGAUUUUGGCAUUUAAAGGCAUAUAAUGCAAGGAUUCUCAACAAGAUGCAAGCGAGUAUUAAUUAUCUGAAAAAUGCCAAUACAUUUGCAGCCGAGGACGGAAAUAUUUUGGAAGAGUGUUGGACUAUGUUGCAUGCUACUUCUUGGUUUGGAGGGUAUUCGUCGGAUAAAGAAGCAAAACAUCUUAAAUGGGAGUUGGCAAAAACUUAUACGCCGUUGCAAUGGUGUCAAAUUUUGUAUGCCCUCCCGACUGAAUAAGACCUUUUUUUCUUUGAAUUAUUAUUGUUAAGUUAAGUUAUUG